GUUCCCUUGUACGAUCCGCCGCAUCUAUUAAAAUUCAUAAGAAAUAAUUUAUUAACUAAAAAUUUACAAUACAGUAUAAACGGCGUGAAACAGACGGCCAAAUGGGAGCAUAUAACCCUGUUACACAAAGAGAACCCCGGGUAUAAGGGUGUAAGGUUGAUACCCAAAUUAACCGACAAUCACGUUGCGCCAGAGAAGUCGAAGAUGAAGGUGAAGUUUGCCGCCCAAAUAUUUAGCCGAACGAUAGCUACCAACAUGGGAUAUCUUGCAGACAAGGGGAUUCUUCCAAAAGUAUGCAAGGAGACUGCAGAUGUCCUUCUGUUCUUCGACAAUUUUUUUGAUUCGCAAAACGGAAGCUUUUGCAAAAGGAAAGUGAAGUAUGCCAAGCCUCUUCUGGGUCCAGUAACGCCAACUUCGGCGCAUCAUGCUGAGUGGUUCGAAGCAAAGAAAAUCUUAAAGAACAUAUGUCAAAACGUCCCCACCUUUGUAGCAACUAAUGACAUAUACCAUUAGAAAGGUCUUAUAAAACAGAUAUUUUUUUUAUAUGGGGGCAACUUUAUGCGCCAUAACCGAAAAAAGUUAUUCAAUAUUGAAUAUGCCAAUAAAUCCCUUAUCGAGUUUCAAGCAGAAAUUAUAUUUAUGUGACUUAUUAUCCGUUUUUUACCAUUAUUCAUGAUAACAACUGUGCGAGCAGGACCUAGUGUGCACGCGCAGGCUGAAAUGCGUGCGACAGAGAAAGAACCGGGCUACGGGCGGAAGGGAGUACCUACCUGCGCGCGGCCGCUAGUUUAGUUAGUACCGAUUUGGAACUGUUUGAGCUAGUGCGACCCAUUUUGUCACCACGACCCAUUUUGUUUGACCUUAGACCUUUUUAACGGAUUUUUAGAUCUUUGCCUGCGAUUGGACUUUGAAUGACCUGUAAUAUGACCUUGGCCUUCGUAACGGAUUAUUGAGUUUCGCCUGAGGAUUGGAUAUUGUGCAUUGGACAUUGUUAUUUAACAAAAAUGGCAGAACGAAGAAGUGACCAUUGUGUUACUUGUGCGCGAUCAGUUCGUUGCGAUCGAAAUAGACACACUAUCAGCCGAGAACAUAUGGAAGAUCGACCAGGCUUUGCUGAAUAUGUUUUAGAACGGAUUAAUAUACAAGAGAUGGCCCAAAAUGAUGUACAGUACAUGUGUUAUCGCUGUUGGGUUGCAGCCAAUCGAAGACAGGCUAGAUAUGAACAAGAGAACAAUAAAGAAGCCGCAAUUGUUCCGGAGGAGUCGCAUGAAAUCUCAGUACCAAGCUACAAACGGGUCGCCAAUACAUCUCGCCGUUGUAUGUAUAGUGGUUGCCAGCAUAUUGACCUGCAUCGAGUAUCUUUUUUUUUAAAAGUGCAUUUAUUAGUAGAAUAUCGCGUAUAUAUACCACAGUCCGCACGUAUUUGCUCUAACCAUAUUAGUGCUAACGAAUGGAGUUCACUGUAUGAAAAUGGUGAAACCAUAUUUACCCCAGACCAACUAAAAGAUCUCAUCGAUACUUUGAGGAAUGCGUACAAAAAUAAAACAUUUCUCGAUUUUGAAAACAUAGAGACAAUCUCUCCAGAGGAACUAUAUUUCCACACUGGCUUGACUCAUGCUCAAUUCGGGACUAUAAUUAAUGAAACACCGUCUCUUUCCGAAGAGUUAAAAAAACCAAAAACAGCCUUGGGAGCAUACUUGCUCAAACUAAGGUCUGGUGAACCAAAUGUUAGAAUUGCCAGUCAAGUAGGUGUUAGUAAAAGGACACUAGGGCGCUUAUUUAAUAAAGUGCGCGAUUGUUUGACGCGGGAGUUUGUGGGCCGUCAUUUAGGGUUUGAUCACCUCACUCGAGAGGACAUAUUAGUACAUUCACUAACAGUACCAAAUCAAAUAUUCAGUGACCCUACUAACCCAGCAGCUAUUGUUUUAUUUGAUGGCACUUACAUAUAUAUACAGAAAAGCAAGAAUUUUUUAUUUCAAAAGAAAACAUAUAGCUUGCACAAAUAUAAAAACCUUCUGAAGCCGUUUAUGAUGGUAUGCUCAGAUGGUUAUAUUAUAGACAUAACGGGACCACAUGCUGCAACGACAUCUGAUGCAGUCAUUAUGAGUCAGAUGAUGAACGAUUUGACUAGCCCCAUCCAUUAUAUCCUUCAAAAUAAUGACGUGUUCAUUUUGGACAGAGGUUUCCGGGAUUCUAUACCAGAUAUAGAGAUGCGUGGGUAUGAACCUCAUAUGCCUCCAACUAAAGAUAGGGGCGCGACUCAGUUGUCCGAUAUUCAAGCCAACAAGUCACGCCUGAUUACUAUUGUUCGAUGGGUUGUAGAAGUUAUCAACGGGUGGUUUAAACGUGACUUUAAGUUAUUCCGAAAUGUGGUUUUCAACAAAAGUAUGCCACAUAUUUUCGAAGAUUUUCGCAUAGCAGGAGCGUUGAUAAACGCUUUUAGACGACCUCUGGAAGACAGUCCCCACGCCGACGCAUUUGUCGAAAUAAUAAUGAAUAGGAUAGAUGUUCCGAACAGGUUAGGCAAUUAUGUUGUUUCUGAAAACGUCAACAGACAAAGGGCGGUAUUUACAACCAUAGACGAUGCGUCCUUGAACAUAAUGUUUCCAGAAAUGACUGAAGAUGACGUGGUAUUGUUCAGUUUAGGAACAUAUCAUUUAAAGCUGGCAAAAUCAUAUGUUGCUGAACAUUUGAGGGGAGGUGAUGGUGUUUAUCGCAUAGAGGUAUCACUGACGCCUCGUCCCAACAUGACCGAAUAUGGGAUAUUGACAGACGGCUGCACGUUGUUGAGAGCUCGUAUCUUGUCAAGACAUGUUUCAAAUAAAAUAUAUUAUACAUAUAUUUUAAUAAACAAUGCGCAAGGAAGAGAUGCUAUCAAGGAACAUUAUUGCUCCUGUAUGACUGGAAUGAGGACACUUGGAGCCUGCGCACAUACCGUCAGUGUAAUAUGGUUCCUCGGAGUUGGUCGUCAUUUAGAAAACUUCGUUGGCCCAGCUAAUGCUUGGGACGAUAUAAUUAUUGAAAGUGGAAAUACUAUUUAAGCUAUUUGUUUAAUAA